AUGGAUAUAAGAAAUUGUUGCCUUUCAUGCAAGAGAACCAUCAUGAAAUCAGGAAGCUAUUGUUGCAAUGAGAUUGAGCAUGCAAAUUGUAAAUCAAGUAAGAUGAGGUGGAAAGUGUUGUGGAUGAAGCUCAAGAAAGAGAAGAAGAAGCUGUUUGAGUCUGCAUCCUCUCCCCUUCAGGUCCCUUAUGAUCCAUACACUUACUCUCAGAAUUUUGACCAAGGGACUGCAAAGGAUGAGCCAGAUAACUUCUCUAGAUCCUUCUCUGUUCGGUUUGCUGAUCCUUCUACUUCUAGAGUACUUAUGAAGAAAAGGGUAGUUUGA